AUGAUGAAAAUUACUAUUUUCGCUGUAGCUGCACUAGCAUUCGUAUGCGCUUACCCACAAGACCAACCAAAGACCACACCGGCAGUAGAAAUAGUUAAACAAGAUUCUGAAGUUGACGUUAAUGGAUAUAACUUCGAAUUUGAAACAAGUGACGGAACAUCAAGACAGGAACAGGGAGAGUACAAAAACGAUACAGACCAACAAGGACUCUUGGUUAAGGGAAGCUACAAAUAUGUAGCCCCAGAUGGCCAACAUAUUUCUGUUACAUUCGUUGCUGACAAAAAUGGCUACCAACCAACAGAACAAAAGGAUGAUAGCCAACCCGCCGCCGCUCAAUCCUAA